AUGCUCCGCCGGCACUACAUUCCGAUCCUCGCGCUGCUGCUGGCCCUGCAACCCGCGGCGCCGCUGCAGGCCCCCGAUCUCGAUCGCGUCGCUUCGCCGGGGUGGCGCCAUCCGCACGGCCGCAAUCCCCGGGCGAGGGCCCCACCGGGAAGGGCGCCCCGCGGCUUCGAAGGUUCGAGAUCAGGGGACGGGCCUGGGCGGCAUCUGCUGGUGGAAUCUGAUUGCCCGGGCGGGCCCAAGACGUUCCAGGAGAUCAAGCCG